AUGGCAGCAGUGAGGUUUUACCCAGCAGCAAAACCACAAAAAGGAGCUGAGGUUUGCUCUUUCCAUGUUUCCAGCCUCUGGGAAGAGCCCACCUGCAGCUCCCUCCCUCUCCUCUCCAUUUGCAGGUCGCUGCUUCCAAAGACCCAGUGGCCAAUGGAACCCACGGCAGCCAUGCUGAGUUUGGUUGUGGUUCUGGUGGGAACGUGGACCUUGGGGAGAGCCCAGGAGAGCAUCUCCUGGGAGGUGCAGCGCUAUGACGGCUGGUACAACAACCUGCUGCACCACAGCCACGGCUCCGUGGGAGCCAGGCUGCUGCGUCUCCUGCCGGCCAACUACGCAGACGGCGUGUACCAGGCGCUGCAGGAACCCCACGUGCCCAACGCCCGCCGGCUGAGCAACGCGGUGGCACGGGGCCCCUCGGGGCUGCCCUCCCGCAGGAACACAACCGUGCUGGCUGUCUUCUUUGGUUUCCAUGUGCUCUUGGACAUCCUGGAGACAGAGAAACCCGGCUGCCCUGCUGAGUUCCUCAACAUCCACAUCCCCUCUGGAGACCCCGUGUUUGACCCUGCUGGCACUGGAGAUGUGGUCCUGCCCUUCCAGCGCGUCCGCUGGGCAGCAGAGACGGGACAGAGCCCCAACAACCCCCGGGAGCAGACCAACGAGAUGACAGGCUGGCUGGAUGGCAGCUCCAUCUACGGCCCCUCACACUCCUGGAGCGAUGCCCUGAGGAGCUUCCUGGGGGGACAGCUGGCAUCAGGGCCCAACAGGAGCCUCCCGAGGCAGACGGACGGGAGGGUUCCCAUGUGGAAGGCGCUGGAUCCGUCCACGGGACAGGGCGGUCCCCGAGGGAUCUACGACCUGGGGAGUGCCUGGGGGAACGAGAACCCCUUCCUGCAGGCUGAGAGCAUCGCCUGGUUUCGCUACCACAACCAUGUGGCCACAGCCCUGGCCCAGAAGCAUCCUGCCUGGUCCGAUGAGGAUCUUUUCCAGCACGCUCGCAAGAGGGUCAUCGCCACUUUCCAGAGCAUUGUUCUGUACGAGUGGCUGCCGACCCUGCUGGGCACACGGGUCCCGGAGUACCGAGGUUACCAGCAGCACCUGGACCCCAGCCUCUCUCCUGAAUUUGUGGCAGCUGCAGGGCAAUUCCUGGCCACCAUGGUGCCUCCAGGAGUUUACAAGAGAGACACCAGGUGCCGGUUCCAGAACGUGUCUGUCUCCGGUGCCUCGUUCCCAGCAGUGCGGCUCUGCAACAGCUACUGGAGCAGAGAGAGCCCUGGGGUGCAGCAGGCAGAAGAUGUGGACAACCUCCUGCUGGGGAUGAGCUCACAGAUAGCAGAGCGGGAGGACAACAUCAUGGUGGAAGAUCUCCAAGAUUACUGGUACGGGCCCCUGAAGUACUCCCGCACUGACUACGUGGCCAGCUGGGUUCAGCGUGGGCGAGACUUUGGCCUGCCAACCUAUAACCAAGUCCGGCAGCGUUUUGGGUUGAAACCUCUCCAAAACUGGUCAAACCUUGCCCCACACCUGGAGCCACAGGUCCUGCAGAAGGUCGCUGCCCUGUAUGGCAACAACAUGGCUGGGCUGGAGCUGCUCCCUGGAGGCAUGCUGGAGGCUAAUGGCUCCCUCUUCUCUACCAUCAUCCUGGAACAGUUUCUGCGCCUGCGUGAUGGCGACAGGUUUUGGUUUGAAAACACCAAGAAUGGGCUGUUCACAGAGGAGGAAAUAAGGGAGAUCCGUAACACCACCUUUCACAGCGUCCUGACUUCUGUCACCUAUGCCAAAUCCACAGACCUCCAGCCCCACGUGUUCAUCUGGACAGAGGGGGACCCAUGCCCCCAGCCCCAGCAGCUGACAGCUCAACACCUGGCCAACUGCACGCCCAUGAUGGUGCUGGACUACUUUGCAGGCAGCGGCGCAGGCUUCGGGAUCAUCAUCGUUGUCCUCUGCUGUCUGCCCCUGGUGACUCUGUUUGUUGCCUGGGUUGUUGCCGCUUUCCGCCAGAGAGAUUUCAAGAAGCUGCAGAGGAAGCAGGGCACCAGCGUGCGCAGGGAGGUGUCCGGCGAGGCCAUACACGCCAUGGAGUGGCACGGGCCCAAGACAGAAAACUGUCCCAUCUACAUUCAGCUCCAAGCUGACAAAGUGCUUAAAGUGCUGGAUAGCAGAGGGUCUGUGCUCCGGAGCAUCAACCUGAAAGCCCAGCAAAGAGUGGAGGUGAUCCUCUCCAACAACAAGGGGAACAAAGCUCUGCUCCUGAAGAGCCCCAAGGAGUACGACCUGGUGCUGCUCUUCAAUGAGGAGGCCGAGAGGAGCAUCUUUGUUGGGAAGCUAGGAGACUACUUAAAGGAGAGCAGAUUUGACUUGCAUCUGUCUGAGAUGAAGGAGCAGAACCUGAUGAAACGGGCAGUCACCCAGGAGCAGAGAAAACAAAUUCUAGAGACUUUCUUCAGGCACCUGUUUGCUCAGGUGCUGGAAAUCGACAGAUCCGAUGCCGGGGAGCUCAGCUUCGAAUCUUCACAGAAGGCAAAGGAGUCUCUUACCUGUGAGCUGAGCAGGGCUGAGUUUGCUGAAGCCCUGGGGCUCAAAGAGCACUCCAUGUUCGUGGAGUCCAUGUUCUCCCUGGCUGACAAAGAUGGCAAUGGCUACAUCUCACUUCGGGAAUUCCUGGACAUCUUGGUGGUCUUCAUGAAAGGGUCCCCAGAGGAGAAAUCCAAGGUGAUGUUCAGGAUGUAUGACAUUGAUGAGAAUGGGUUCCUCUCCAAGGAGGAGUUUCUGAGGAUGCUCAGGUCCUUCAUUGAGAUCUCCAACAACUGCCUGUCAAGAGAACAGGCAGAGCAGGUGACCGAGUCCAUGUUCCGGGCCUCGGGGUUUCAGGACAGGGAUGAGCUGACAUGGGAGAAUUUCCAUUACAUGCUGCGGGACCAUGACAGCGAGCUUCGGCUCACCCAGCUCUGCGUCAAAGGUAUCCCUGAGGUCUCCAAGCAAAAUCUGCACAACUGUGUCUCCUUCAUAAAAAAGAGCGAGCCAAAAGGAACCAUCUCAGAGGAGAAGAAGGACCCAAAUCUGGAUACUGUGAGUCACUACAUGGAGCGAAAAGGCCAAGAACUGAGGAAGAGACCAGGAAGAAAGGUGAACCAGUACCAGCUGCAUCUGUACACAGAAGCGCAACGGAAGAAGUACGAGAGGAGCAGAGUCCAGCAGAAGAUCCAGGAGUUCAAGCGCUUCGUUGAGAAUUACCGGCGCCACAUUGUCUGUGUCAUCCUCUUCUCUGCCAUCACCGCCGGCGUCUUUGCCGAGAGAGCCUACUACUACGCCUUCGCAUCCCCCAGCACUGGAAUUGCACAGACCACCUUCGUGGGGAUCAUCAUCUCCCGGGGAUCAGCUGCCUCCAUCUCCUUCAUGUACUCCUACAUCCUGCUCACCAUGUGCCGCAACCUCAUCACCGUCCUGCGGGAGACCUUCCUCAAUCACUACAUUCCCUUUGAUGCCGCCGUCGACUUCCACCGCUGGAUUGCCAUGGCAGCCCUGAUUUUCUCAGUGCUCCACACUGCAGGUCAUGUAGUGAACGUCUACAUCUUCUCAGUCACACCUCUCAGUGUGCUGUCCUGCCUCUUCUCCACUGUCUUUACAAAUGAUGGGUCACAGCUCCCACAGAAGUAUUACUGGUGGUUCUUCCAGACUGUUCCAGGCAUGACAGGAGUGCUGCUGCUCGUGGUCCUUGCUGUGAUGUACGUGUUUGCCACACGCCACUUCCGGCGCGUCAGCUUUCAGGGCUUUUGGAUCACUCACCACCUCUACGUGCUGCUCUACAUCCUGGUCAUCAUCCAUGGCAGCUACGCACUGAUCCAGCAGCCCCGUUUCUACAUCUACUUCAUCAUCCCAGCCCUCAUCUACAGUGCAGACAAGCUGUACAGCCUAAGCAGGAAGAAGGUGGAGAUCAGUGUGGUGAAAGCCGAGCUCCUGCCCUCAGGUGUCACCCACCUGCAGUUCCAGCGGCCACAGGACUUUGACUACAAGUCUGGGCAGUGGGUGCGCAUCGCCUGCGUGGGCCUGGGCACCACGGAGUACCACCCCUUCACGCUGACCUCAGCCCCGCACGACGACACGCUGAGCCUGCACAUCCGCGCCGUCGGGCCCUGGACCACCCGCCUGCGGGAACUCUACUCUCCCAAGAACCUGGCCCUCCUCGGCACACUGCCCAAGCUCUACCUGGACGGGCCCUUUGGGGAGGGCCACCAGGAGUGGAACAAAUUUGAGGUGUCGGUGUUGGUGGGAGGAGGCAUCGGGGUGACACCCUUCGCAUCCAUUCUCAAGGACCUGGUCUUCAAGUCAUCCAUAAACUCCAAGCUGCUGUGUAAGAAGAUCUACUUCAUCUGGGUGACGCGCACGCAGCGGCAGUUUGAGUGGCUGACGGACAUCAUCCGGGAGGUGGAAGAAUCAGACAAGAACGGCUUGGUCUCUGUGCACAUCUACAUCACACAGCUGGCUGAGAAGUUCGAUCUGCGCACCACCAUGCUGUACAUCUGUGAGCGGCACUUCCAGAAGGUGCUGAACAAGAGCCUGUUCACGGGGCUGCGCUCCAUCACCCACUUUGGGCGCCCUCCCUUCGUACCCUUUUUCAGCUCGCUGCAGGAGGUGCACCCUGAGGUGCAAAAGAUCGGGGUGUUCAGCUGUGGCCCACCUGGGAUGACAAAGAGUGUGGAGCAGGCUUGCCGGCAGAUGAACAAGAAGGACCAGACCUACUUUGCACAUCACUAUGAGAAUUUCUGACCCUACCCCACACUGUUCCACCUUCUGCUGCAGCUGCAUUUUUUCACCCUAGCACCUAGCAGCAAUAAUUCCAGCGGCCAGGGUCCCAGGCUCCCACCCUGCACGCUCCCCAGGUGAAAGCCAUCCACAGCCGAGUGCAGGGAUACUGAGACCCACACAGCAGACACUGGUGUGCUAGCAAAGCCUUACCAUCCUAGCACUGCCCUACAUGGCCCCAGUGUGAAGCCCUGAGCCCUGCUACCAUCCACACAUCCCUGCAGCCCCACAGCCAGGGUCAUGCUGGUGUGUCCCAAUCCAGAGAACCUACUGUUUGAGUUAAACCCAGCUCUGCCCCCUUAAUCGCACAAGACAGAGCUUCUGCUCUGCUGGGGGACUCAGGGAAUGUCUCUGACCAGCUUUGGGGAGCAGCUUGGUGCCUGCACAACCUGAAUUCACAGCACUUUGUUCCAAGACCCACGUGGUGAACAGAUGGGGUGAGGAGCCAGAAAGCUCCCUGCUAUCCCUCUUUUUGAAACAGCUCUCCUCACAUACUCUUCAGUGCCUGCUUGUUAACUCUCCGAGCCUUCCCUGGGUUUGCAUAAGGCCUUAGCUGUGUUUGCAUUGGCUUCUUCCAGCAGUGUCAGUCCUUCGAUCAGGAAUCAGUUUUACCUGUUUAAGUAAUGCCUGGCUUUGCAUCACUGCUGCUUUUGCAGGCUGUGGUUGAGUUCAAAUAAAGCUGAUUGAAGUCUUAAAACACUUUCUUGCCUCCUAUAGUUGGGUCUUGGUCACCUGGGGAUUGUAACACUUGUGGCAUAGAGCUAGCCUUGCUCUUGUCACAGAGCAUUAACUCCAGCCCACUGGAAAAUGGGCCAAGUUGGAGAGAGUUUCCCCUGCACUGGUGACAUACAUGGAGUUGGGGGCAGGGGAUUACAGGCACAGUCCCACUGUUAAUGUCCACCAGCCCUGCUGCCCUCAGCAAUGCCCCCACAGUGUCAGUGCCCCCAGCAAGAUUUGCUGAAGGAGCAGAUCAGACAAGGAGCCCAGCCAGGCUGAGCUGUGGGAAUAACUCCAGCCCUUGGGAUGCUAAACAACCCCCUAAGACUACAGAGAGCGAGUUUCCAUUUCCCAGUAAAAACAAUCUUGCAAUGGCCACUGGUCUUCCAGCCAUGCCAAUGGGGAUCCCCACAGGACAGGAGUCAGGAUGGCCAGUGAAUCCCCAGCCAGGCCAACAGGGUUCUUCCCAGCAUGGGAAUGUGCUGAGCACAUAUUUUGACCACUUCUUCCGGUUACAGAAAGUUCCCCUGGGUUAUGUCUCAUCCUGUAAAAUUCAGCAUGGUCUUGUGGCUUUCCAUCUCUGCCAGGAUUAACUUGGCCACAUCUGGAAUAAACAUGAGGUUUCAUUU